CCCACCCCAUCCCUCUGAUCCCGUGCCGCCGCUUCCCUCCCCUCCUCUCUCCUCUCCUCCGAGAUCGCCGGCUCUCGCGGGCGCCGACCCAUGGCGCUCCACCACCUCCUUGCCGCCGCCCCGACCAUUGCGUGCGGUCGCCCUUGCCCUGCGCCCGCCGCCGCGCUGGCGGCGUUGCCUCUCCAGGCUUCGUGCUCGGGCGGGAGGGGGUGGAGCGGGAGGAGGAGGCGGCUCGGGGUCGCGGUGUUGGCCAUGGCGGCCGACGGGGAGAGGGGGCAGGGGCAGCACGAGGCGGGGAGGAUGAACCUCAACGAGUACAUGGUCGCCGUCGACCGCCCGCUCGGCCUCCGCUUCGCGCUCGCCGUCGACGGCCGCGUCUUCGUCCACUCGCUCAAGAGAGGGGGGAAUGCGGAGAAAUCACGGAUUAUCAUGGUCGGGGACACGCUAAAGAAGGCUGGCAGUCCUGAGGGUGUGGGUCUUGUUGACAUCAAAGACCUAGGUGACACGGAAAUGGUGUUGAAGGAAACAUCAGGGCCAUGCAAUCUUGUCCUGGAGAGGCCAUUUGCUCCUUUCCCGAUACAUCAGUUGCAUCAAAAUGAAGAUUAUCAUCUCCUAUUUAACAAGGGCAGGGUUCCUCUUGCUAGUUGGAAGAGUGCUCUGUUAUCAUCAAAGCUGAAUGAAUCAUCUGAGGGUAAUGGAAAUCCUGGAUUUGCCAUAUUUUCCCCAAGGCUGCUAAAUUCACAUGGAUGGGCAGUUUUGUCUAAUGAGCAAGACAGACUCAAUCAGCGCAGUACUAACCUUGCAAAUCGUAUAAGUGAGAUUGUUGGUUUGUACUCUGAUGAGGAUGAUGUAGAUACUGAAUGGGCACAUGGUAGCUUUCCUUUGGAGGAGUACAUUAAAGCACUGGACCGUGCUAAAGGUGAACUGUACUACAAUCAUUCACUUGGUAUGCAAUACAGCAAGAUUACAGAACAAAUAUUUGUUGGAUCAUGCCUACAAACAGAAAGAGAUGUGAAGAUGCUAUCAGAGACUGUGGGUAUCACCGCUGUUCUGAAUUUUCAAAGUGAAAGUGAGCGCACCAAUUGGGGAAUCGAUUCAGAGGCAAUCAACAAGUCAUGUCGCGAGAACAACAUACUGAUGGUCAACUACCCUAUACGAGAAGUUGAUUCCAUGGACCUGAGGAAGAAGCUUCCUUUCUGUGUUGGCCUUCUAUUGCGACUUAUAAGGAAGAACUACCGUAUAUACGUGACUUGUACCACUGGAUAUGAUAGAUCACCAGCAUGUGUGAUUGCAUAUCUACAUUGGGUGCAAGAUACACCUCUCCAUAUUGCUCACAAAUUCAUCACUGGUUUGCACUCCUGUAGACCUGACAGAGCUGCAAUUGUGUGGGCAACAUGGGAUCUCAUUGCACUAGUUGAAAAUGGGAGGCACGAUGGUACUCCCACACAUUCGGUAUGCUUUGUUUGGAACAGUGGUUGGGAGGGUGAGGAUGUGGAAUUGGUGGGGGAUUUUACAAGUAACUGGAAGGACAAAGUAAAGUGUAUCCAUAAGGGUGGGUCAAGAUAUGAAGCAGAAGUUCGACUUCGACAUGGGAAGUACUACUACAAAUUCAUAGCGGGGGGUCAGUGGAGGCACUCGACUUCAUUGCCAACAGAGACUGAUGAACGUGGGAACGUCAACAAUGUUAUCAGGGUUGGUGACAUAGCUCGUAUUCGGCCUGCUCCUAGCCAACUACAGAUAAGGGACCCAACUGUUGUGAAGGUCAUAGAGAGGGCACUAACUGAGGACGAGCGAUUCUCAUUGGCGUUCGCUGCGCGCCGCAUGGCAUUUGCAAUCUGCCCAAUCAGAUUGUCUCCCAAGCAAUGAACAUAUCAACCUCCCUACCAAGAUGAACCGCAGCUAAAAUCCAGUGCCUUCAAGAUGGAAACUGAGGCGCGGGGCCGGUAUAUUUGGCAACCCUUUAUUGUUACAUAGCAAAACUCAUGUAACAUUAGAACAUUUGGGUACCACAUGUCUACUCAAACCAAACUGCACAUUACUCGAUCAGCGGUUCAUCAGAGUGUACACAACUUCUGCAACAAUGUAACUCUAAAUAUGAACUGUAAUACGAAAUAA